UGGAUCCAGGUACCAGCGGAGGGAUAUAUAAGCACCAGGCCCGGGGACAGUCGGCAUCAGUUGCCAGCGAGAACCGAAGCAAGCAUCAUGGGCAGCACACACUCCAAGAAGGACUCCGAGGACACUACCAGUCGGGCCUCUGACGGGAUCUGCUGCGUGGUGCCACGGCCGCCACGACUGUCCACCAUCCUGCGGAUGCUGCGGCGCCACCUGGGUCCGGCCCAGAACAAGCCGAAGAAGAAGCAGAAGAGCGUGGCCAAGCGACGGGCCCUGCUGCGACCAAUGCCCAGAUGCUCCUCCUUUGGCUCCUGCGGCACCCUGCUGACGCCCACCAAGCGUUGCCCCACGACCGGCUCCAGAGCUAUAUCCACCGCCGAUCUGCAUUACGCCCAGUGGAAGUGCAUGUUCGAGCAGGAUCAGCCGCAACAGCAGCCGCGGCAACAACAGCAGCAGCAGCACAACACCAGCGAGACCCUCUCCGGCCAGACCACGCCCCGGGGCUUCCCCUCGCACACGGACCCCAGCCGCUGCCUGGUGCCCGAGGAGCCGCUGCCCUCGCUCCAGUCCCCCCUGUACGACUACGUCGGCAACCUCAAGGUGCGCCGUCGCCUCAGCCUGCGCACUCCGCUGCGCCGGCCCUCCUCCGCUCGGCAGCGGACCCAGGCCCAGGCCCAAGACCAGGCCCGCGCCCGUCUGGAGGCCCAGCUGGAGAGGGAGCUGCGCGACCUGGAGGAGUACUACGGCGGAUUCCACUUUUCGCAGCGUGGCGAGCGGCUCGUGCGCAUCUGAGAAGCGGCCAUCAAAGACACAGAAAAAAGAAAGCCAACAUUGUGAUAGCUUGUAAGCCUAGUUAGUAGUUUUCCAGUAAGAGAGUUGAAUAAAAUUCGUAAGCAAAAGGAAA